GGCGCUGCUGUUGCGUGCAGGUAGAAAGAACAAGCGACAAAAAAAACAGAAAACACUCGUCCUGGCUUUCAGCUAAGAGUGCAAUGGAAACGUGGAGUCCUUCUCGCGUGCUACAACCUAAAAAGCAAGGUUUUUAAAUCGGUGAAAAAAAGCACAACACCUUUCGCGUCUUGGAAGAAAGUGCUGUUGUGUCAACCAUCGUUUGGCUCCCGUUCACGCUUUGUACAGCGAGCAACUUGGACAGCUGCGUGUUCGAGCCAUCAACAAAGAAUGAAACCAGCGAAACGAGCUAUGGAGGAAGAGCAUCGCCCGGAGCAGGAGCACUCUUCGGCCAUGUCUGACAGCGAUGACGGCUCCCCGCUCGACCUGUCAGGAAGAGGGCUCCUUGGGAAGCGUCGUCGCCGUGGCAACCUACCCAAGGAGGCGGUGCAGAUUCUUCGGAGUUGGCUGUACGAGCACCGCUUCAACGCCUAUCCAUCAGAGCAGGAGAAACUGAGCCUGUCGGGGCAGACCAACCUCUCUCUGCUGCAGAUAUGCAACUGGUUCAUCAACGCCCGUCGGCGUCUGCUGCCUGACCUGCUUCGAAAAGAUGGCAAAGACCCCACUAAGUUCACCAUCUCUCGUAAGGUCGGGGGUAAAAAUGAAGGCCCCUCCACCGGAGGCGGAUCCAGCUCUCCAGAACACACUCCCAAUUCCUCCCAGCACCGCCCGUCUGUGAUCCGCUCCGCACCUACUCUGGACCUCAGCCUACUGGGCAGCACGGCAACAGCCAUUCUGACAGGAGCCGGCUACCCUGGUAAGGAGGGCUCCGUCCAGGCGCUUAUGAGGCUGGACACGCGGAGUCUGUUGAGGGAGGCAGAGGAAAAGGGGGCUCAGUCUUUUGGUCUGAGCAGCACAACAAUAGCGGCGAGCCCUACCAAUGGCCUCUUCAACACGCCCCCGCCCACGCCCCCCGAGCUGUACCCAGCCCAAGACUUCAGUGAUCUGAGGCUCCUCGUAGACGCGGCUCUGCAAAGGGCUGCAGAGCAAGAGAGAAGUGAGGGGAGCCAGAACAAACCCCCAGAGGUUGAUGGGGAGCCAAGUGCUCACAGCGGUGACAUGGGCCCAACCCCACCUCCAGAGGAGAAAGUCAUGGAUCCUUCCAGGGUGCAGAGCUUGAUGGAGAAGGCAAUGGCUCCUCCUGUGUCGGAUGGAAUAAAAUCUCCUGUUCCCGUGUCCUCGGGAGCCCCUGUGCCGGUCCCACCUCCAGUGCUGCUCUCAGCCUCAAGGCUAUCCCCUCUUCCCAUGAAUAAAGUGGUAUGGAGUCCCUUGGAGAAGGACCACCCUGUCCAUGCCUCCAGCCCAAACCAGCCUCAGCUCAUUCCAGCACAUCUGCCGACGAUAGUGCCGGUGUCUGCCUUAGUGCUGGGACAGCCAGAUCCUCAGAAACCAGCUGCUGUUCCAGCCAUAACCCCAGCUACACCAUCAGCCUCAGCCUCAACCUCAGGCUCACCUCCCACUACAGGUAUUAAAAUUCAUUCAGUAAGAUCACUAGCUCCUGCCAGCCAGGGUUCGUGCGCGGCUGCCAGAGGGGCGGCGCUCCACCAGCCGUUCCGCAGUCCUCCCCUGAUGUCGGUAACGGCCCCGUGCCCGCUGCCCACCUCGCCCUCGGUGUCACUGGCCACGCCGGCGUCCGCCCCCGCCCAGGCUCCAGCCGCGCCCAUGUCCACAUCUGUGAUCACACCUCUGCUGGGCCUCUCCUCCCACCUCGCUGCUCCUCUGCAGCCCUCCACAGGUGGCAGCGGCAGUCUGCAGCGGAAUUCCACGGUCGUGCCCAGCGUCUGGAGCAUGGUUCACGCUCACACCAGGCAACCCAGUUCACUACAGGUGGUCAAGGCCCCAAUGAGCACAGUGUGGGGGCAGCAGCACAGCCUGCACACAGUCAGUGAACCUGUCAACUAGGAGUUACAGCUGGAUAUUCUUUUUUUGGUUUUCUCUUUUCAGAAAUAGCAUGGAGGAAGUUCACACUCUUUUAGGCUGGAUUACACUGUAUAUAACAGAAUGUAUCUACACUCCCAGUCCCUUUAGGCAUGAAGCCUGACAGGCAUUAGAUGAUUUUGAGACAAAGUUUUAUUGUUCAAUACAAUGUUUACGGUGGGAGCUGACCCUUUAAUUGAACUUUUUUUUCUUUGCCGAACUUUCCGCAGCACGGAGCAACGGUUUUGUACAGUUUUCGACGCCAUCUUCAAUCACAUUUCCACUCUUGACUAUUGACGAAAAAGGAAAAUAUCCUCCAAUUGUACAAAGAUUUUCAGUGCAACUGAUUGGCUAUCAGCACAGCAGAGUUGGUUUCCUAAGUAGCAGUGCUGGACUUUACUGAAUGUAAAAAGAAGAAAAAGGACAUUCAUAUCAACUAAUUGGUUGCCUGUCAUUCAUUCCCUAUCUGGAUAAAAACCUGGACAUGAGUUUUAUUUUUCUUGAAACGGCAACAACUUCAUGGACCAAUUGUUCCGUUAGUUUUUUUUAUUUUAUUUAGAUUUUUAUUAGAUUUAGUCUGCUCUUUGUUCCAGCACAUUUCUCUGCAUCUUCCUCCACACUCUUCCCUUUCUUUCCAUCUUUUCACAUGUUUAUAGCAAAGGACUUUCAUCGGCUUUCACAAAGUGGGAUUACAGCUCUCCAGUUGGAUAGUUUUCUUCAACAAGUCCAUUUCAUAACCCGUGUCAGCAGAUGCAUAGUAUUUUCUUUGUCUCUGUCUGACGCUAAUCUUCUGUUCCAUCUCGCGAGGCAUCCAGGUCACAUUAUGUUACAGUGGGCAGUCUUGGCUGGACGGUGAGAGGAGACGUGGUGCAAAAGAAGGCUUUAUACGUAUUAUCUCAUGUAGAGAGUGGAUGUUUUACUGUCGUCCAUAUUGGGGCCUUAGAGUUUACUCUUUUUCAAAUCUGAAUGUCUUACUAAUUGAAAAGGGUAAUAAUGCUUACAGGUUUCUUGACAAAGCAAAUGUAGCACACUUGGUAGCUGAAACGAGUAUUAUUUUUCUUUUUUCGAAAUCUAGUUUUCCUUCAUCUGCUCUCCUGGUUUUUCUCCAGAAAUGGUUUCUAUAGAUGUUUCUAAUAAUCCAUUCAAGCUGUAGUUUCCGUGAAACUGUAAGGAUCAACCUUGAUAUAGCGGUGGCUGCCUCCUGGCCUCCACCCGUCAGCAGAGUGUGGAGUACAGCUGGAUUCCUUUGUGGCUAAUGCUGUAGCAGAACUGUUAGAAAGAUAGGCAUGUUUACCAGUGUCGAUGAGCUUUUUCUUUUUUCCUUUUUUUUGUUUAAACGGUCGCAUUUUACGCAGUCAAGUUGUCGAAGACGGAAGUUAGUCUGAUGUUGGGUCUCAAUACUGCUGAGCAAUGACCACUUCAACCAUUCCCAGAUUACCUCCACCUUUGCUCUGAUGUCGAGUUUUGUGCUCCCUCGCCGAGCCAGAAAAAGAGAUGGUGUGUGUUCUUUUAUGUCAGCCACCCAACAGUCUGAUGUCCAUUUAUACCUCAAUCUACUCAGUUCUUGUCAGGCUUGGGUCGUGUAGAGUAUUAAGUGUUGUUGUGACUUUUAAUCAUUCAUACUACACACCACUGUGACGACACUUUUUGUAAUUGGGAUACUGGAAGUGACUGGCUACGGUUUAGGUUUUAUGUGAAAGGGUAUAUUUUUAUUUCAGGUUUUUUAGAGACAAACUGACACUCCUGAGAACAAGAUGUGAUGUAAAUAUUUUGAAGGUCAAGACUCUUUUUUUUUUUGUUCUUUUCAUUUUCUGGCAUCAGCUCAAACUUUCACUGUAAUUUCUUUUACAGCCAAAUAUUUUCAAAAGGUUCAUUUUAAAGUUCACGUUGUGAAUCAUGACUGGCUGCUGUGCCUUAAGCCUACGACCGAGGGAUAAUGUCCCUGUGUAUUUUUUUUCCUUUAAUAUAUAUAUUAAAAACUCAAUAGUCUGUGCAAUAUACGCCUUAAACUUUAAA